AUGGCGAACGACGGGUCGGGCGUCGAGAGCAGCCUCCUCACCUUCGCGCCAUGGUAGGCCGUGUGCCGUGGGACACCAGUCACUGGCAUGGAGUGCGCAUCUUCUGUUCUGUGAAGGCAAGAGGCGCUGUACGGUGUCCUCUAUGUGAUGGACUCGUCCACCAAUGAGAAGCCUGAGGAGGCAAUAAUCAUCGGAACAGGCAUGGAUGCUCAACGCACGAUAUGCAGCAGCCCCAUAUGUCUUUGCCUGUGUGUGUGUUUGUGCGUGUGCGGUGACAGGAAUUCGUGUGCCGGCUCUGCAAUACGUGAACCUGGCGGUUGUGUUUGUGCUUGACCUUCUCCAGCUGGUGCCGCUAUUACUGCCGCUGAACAAAUCCCUCGAGUGCGAAAAAUGGUGCGCAACGGCAGGCAGGGUCUGUCGGUCUCUCAUGAAAUGGACUGUGUCAGGGACAUAUACGACGCGAGGUGCAUCUUUCACUUCUCUACCUCGCCCUUCGAGAUCUUUGGGGGUGGGCAGCAAGGGAGGGCGCCUGCCUGCCCUGCCUAUGCAUGGGAGCACGGGAGCUGCGCCUGUGUGAUGUGCCUUGCAGGUCGAAACAAGAUCCAGUAUCUCUCCGUUCUGGGCGUGGUCGAGGCUCUCAUCCUCCUCACCGCCCUCACCGUCGCCAUUGUCGCACAGACAUUUAAGUCCAAGGAGGUGCCGAAAUCAUUCAUACCAUCACUGACUCAGGAAGCUGACAGACAAGGACCAUUCUCGCAUCGUGUGUCUGACGUUUAGGUGCAUCUGAUCACGCCAAUUAUCUUACUGAGGGGAUUUGUCAGAAUGUGAGCCGUCGUCACAGCUACUGGAGGGAACCACUUUGUGUUUGUCUGUCUGUCAACGCCAGCUUUGUGACGACGUUUUUCUCAUCGAGUGUUGCUAUUCUCAUGUCACUGUUUUCCUGCCGGCUGAUGGAGCUACGGCUGACGGACGGCGACUUCAAGUGCUGGGAGGCGGCUCACAUUGUGAUGCUAUUUCCAUCCAUUGCUGCAUUGCUGUUCCUGGUAAGAGAUGGUAGUGGGCACAACGCACACACAUGAUAUCUCCUUGAUCUACCUGUGUCUCAGGUGCCCCUCGGUUUGGUUACAGCUUUGCCUUAUAACAACUUCAAGCCGUUUUCGACGGACCUUUCCGUCCAAGCCCAUGGACGGAGUGAAUUCUGGUCAGCGAGACAGCUGCAGCACUUGUUGCACGAACCUGAGUCGACGUGUCUCUUAUGCAUGUGGAUGUAGGUACACUGCUACCAAGACUCUGGUCAACGUGACGUUCAUCGUGGCAGUGUCGGCGCCAAACCUGGGCAUCUAGUUCUGCCGUCAAUCUGAUAGCGCUGGGCUACGUGACAGUCCUCUUCUUCGCCCAAGGUCAGUCAGUAGUCGAGCACCUCGUUCGCACACUCUUCUCACGACGUUUGUCCUUUUCAGCCCCAUUCUUUCACGACAGUGCGAAUAGGAUGCGGGAUGCCAUCCUGGCGGUGCUGCUCACGAUUGCUGUCUUUGCUUUGAUAAGAGAGAUCCGAUCCGUCAACGUGAGCGGCAUGAGCCAGUAGAGCCUCGCGACACUCUUUCUCUGAUUCACGCCCCUUUGCGGGAGAUGUCUCACGCAGGAUCUGCUGGUGGUUGGCGUGUGUCUGUUCAUGCUGCCGAUGGGCGCAUGGCUCGCCCUGGUCCGCAAGAAUGUCCUUCGGUCGCAGGUGGCCGCCGAGCUGCAUGCUUUGACCGCCGUCUUCACCGAGGAGUACAACACAUGUUUGUCCGCUCUCCUGGCUGAGGAAACGGGCGAAGGUCCGAGUGCCCGCAGAGGAUCGUUCAGAGGCAGGUGUGUGAGUGGGCAGACAGAGACACACAUUUGUAUACAGUCCCAUCUCGUGAAUGCUGGUGCUUGAUUGCAGGGACGACUAUGAAGAAAGUGAUAGCACUGAGAGUGUGGCUGACGGCGGUACCGAGGGGGGGCGAGCUAUCGUACCAGUCCCUUCUCCCGCAGCGCGCUCUGCGGACCUGAUCCCCCUGGGCACAUCGGCCAUCACGAGGCACUCCUCCCGAGCCCGGACGCCGUCCGUCAUCAGCAGAACCGUUGGCAACAGGCGGGUGCUGGGAGUGGCGGCAGGCGAGAACGAACAACCGAAAACCGCAAUGGAGAUCGUCAGCGAGAGAAUGAGCUCAUACAGGUGCCGCAGACAUAGACAGGAGGGGUGCAAACACGCAGUCCCGCCCUUUUGAUGGAUGUGCCGGAUAUGGUAUGGUCAGGUUGACCCGGUUGCGAUCGAGCGUGAUAUGGGAGACCGAUCUGGAGUUGGUUCUGCGCAUCUUCAGGGACGAGUGGUUCCUCUACUCCUCCAAGGAGAAGCCAAUGGCCCGUGCGGUCAUGACGGAGACCAUCCUGGCAAUUCUGCAGUCCACCAAUUUCAGGUCAGCUACAGCGUGAUCCUCCUUCCGCAGUUCACAAACGAGCUGUUCUCUAACAAUUUCAGUGGCUACACAUACAUGUGGCUGGCGCUCGUCAACCGCUAUUUCUUGUACGCUGCCUGCCACGGCACAUGGAUGUUCAUCCGUACGGAUGUCUCUUGUCCUUUUGGUGCCUCAGCGACGAGACCUUCCUGUGCUACAAGUACAUCAAGCUUUCGCAUUCGCAGACAUCCAAGUGGCACCUCGACAUCAACUACAUUCUCUAUCAGUAAGCCAGUGGCUGCGGGAGGAUGGGCUAGGCCGUUACGCACACUAUUGCUUUCAUCCAUGAACAUCAGACUGCAGAAGGACAUCGAGACAGCACGGCAAAUGGAGUUCCUCGGCGCCGGGGGCAAGAAGACCAACCUAAUCGACAUUAUGACGUACCAGAAAUGGUCCAGGGCCGCGAAACUGAAUCACAUGCAGGCCCUCAAGAAGAUGAGUCGAUUCUGGUGAACCAUGACCACCCUGCGCCUGUCACACAUGAAUACUACAAAACUGACCGUACAUGAUGGUUUGCUUGUUCAGGCGCGCCCUGGCUGCUGAAGGCAAGACGGCUACCGCCAAGCCCUCCAAGGCUAGGUGAGACACGAGCCUGUAAAUGAUCGAUCCCCUGGCCUACCUGCCUGCCCGCCUGCCUGUCCCUGUCUCUGUCUGUCUUUGUCGGAGCGAUGAUGUUGAGAGAAGCACUUGAAGCGGUCUCAAAUGCCCAUCACAGCUACGUCAACCUCUUGAAGCGUUUUCCACGCAGCAAAGACGUAGGGAUGGACAGAGAAGAUGAGCCACUCAUGGAAGGCCGAUUGUUUGUGUGACUAGGCACUGGAGUUGUUCGCGAAUUUUGUGCGGCAGGUGCGAUGACAAAGGCGCAACACUAUGCUGAUUUCAUCGUUUGUGAUUCUUCUGCUAUUGCAGCUGUACAACGAUGACAGCAGGUCAGCGACUCACUCCGGGAAACAGCAUUAUCAGAUGUGACAGAGAGACACCAGCAUUGCCACACAGAGCCGAGCAAAUGAUGAACCAGACGGAAACUGACGACGUCGGAUCCGUUGCCCACAGUGAGCAAAGCGAACGAAUUCAGUAGAGCACACUGAGGCUGUCAUCCUCUCUGUCUGUCCGUGAAUGCUUGCAGGCCAGAAUCCUCCCUCGUCGAUCGAGUCACCUGAGCCUGAUGCCGCUGGUUUUGAGAUUAAAGGGGGAGGUGAGGAGGAGGACGGCUUACGCGCAUGUGCAACCAGCCUGAUAUACAUUCCGUGGGAUUUGUCUUGCUUGCUGCUGAUGCAGGCAGUGAGAAAGAAAACAACAUCGCGAUAAUCGAGACCAACAAGAGAAAGCGACUCAUGUGGGUGGCGCUGCUCGCGAUCAUAGGUCAAAGACACGCACAAUAUUGGCAAAUAAAUCGGUAGCCUCGCUUCUAUUGCUUUCCUGUGCAGGCCUAGUUCUGAUGAUCAUCAUGGGCAUCGUCACACACUUCGUCCAAGUAAGACUGGGCACACAUUUCGUAUCUUCCCGCCCGUCAUAGCAACACAAAACGAUUAUCAGAUUAACGAGCUGGAGACGACUACUGGGCGUCUGCAUGACCUGCAGUACAACAGCAUCAUUAUCAACAACUGGUACGCCUCUUUGUAUGCUUUUUAUCCUUCUUCUCGUGUAUGUGACGAUGAUUACACAUUACUGUGCUCGCCGUGGAACUGUCAUGGCCGCAGGGCAAAGGUAUGCAGUUCAACGACGCUGGUCUACACGUGGUGGCGGCACCUGAGAGAGAUCAACCCCAGCGCCCAAGUCCAUCAAUCAGUUUCGACAGCGAACCUGAGCCCAACGGACCUGAGCCGACCGCUGAACAUCUCCGAAGAAGAAAUCCGAAUGCGAAUCGAUCGAGAGCUGGCCGACAUCGAGAGAUACACUAAAGAGCUGACUGAAGCCUCCAAUUUUAUCAUCGACAAAGCCGUCGAGGUCUGGCUCACACGAUGACGGAAGAGUUAGCGUCCUGUACGUACCUCUGACCUGUGCAGGAAGGGAUGCGAGACGUGGAAAAUUACUACCGAGACUACAAUCCUGAGCUCAAACUGAGCUUCUUUAACGGUACGCAUAGCAUGGAGAUUUUUCGCCGACAGUACACAUUCCUACCGCCUUUGUCUUGAUUUCAGACUUCGGAUUGCCAUAUGACAGAGUUAGAAUGUGAUUUGGCACACUCAUGUAUUGCUGUCUAUCUGUGGCUGCCGUGUUGUGUUGUGUCUCUUAUAUCGUGUCUCAACCUCACGUGCACGAUCAGGAGACCAACUACGUCGGUAAGCUGCUCUGUGAACAAUGGCCCAUGCUUGCUGAGUCAAUUGCUUUGCCGUGCUGUCCUUGUGAUGCAGAGGUAGUUACUGAGUUUCUCGUGGCGGUGUAAAAGAGUACUUGUAGAGAAGGCCGCAGAGGAAUCGCGUCAUUUCAAGUACAUCUUGCAAGUAACAUAGGAGCUGGCCAGCUAGAGCUGGUCAGAGAAGCGUAUUUGUUCAUGUAUCCACUCAUCGAUUUCUCUUCAGAACUGUCUCGGUGCGCCGGGAAUUGGUGGUCAGACGAUGGAUGGAGCUUGACCACAUAAACAAGAGUCAGUAACCACAGAACGGAAUCAACUGCUUGGGUGAAUCGUCCGAUUCCGCCUUCUCCGUGCAGUUGUGAAUCACAGCGAGGGAGUGAUUCUCGCCUGCAUUCUUACCACGCUUUGUCUCAACGUCUUCAUCGCGGUUGUCGUGCUGUGGAUGGUUCAGAUCGGGAUGGUCAGCGACGUUCUGAAUAGAUGACAUCUGCACGCACAUCGUCUCUGCGCAUUGUGGGCGUGUAUGUAGUCCGAGUUUGAUCUGCAAUCCGACGUUGGGCUGGCUAUUCACAUUGCCUUCUCACUCUCGCAGCGACAGGUCAGUAACCGACGGGGCUUAGCACCGCUCACCACGGCAUAUUCCUGCGGUGUCUGCCUUAAAUGUGCCUCGAUCUGACAGAAAAUCCGGCUCCGAAAACGCUUCGCCAAAGAAGCAAGGAAAGGAAUCGCAUUGGGUGAUUUCGAAGGCGCCUUCGGCGACCAAGAUGACCUACCCAGGAGCGGCUGA